UAUAUUCCUGGACAUCCGGAUUAUAAUUAUAGAUAUAAAAAUAUUAUGCAUCCUCACAAUAGCCAGAACGAUGACCAAGAUGACUACCUUCAAGAUGAGGAUUUGGUAGAAGCAAUGCAGCACAGUGUCUGGGGGCCGGUUCUCAUGCAGAUGGGCGUUUCUAACCACAAUGAUACCCGAAUGGAAAACAUCGACGAGGAAGAUAAUUCCUAUCAAGAACCAUCUUCAAGCUCUGAGGACCAGGAAAUGUCAAAUGAACUUGAAGAAAGCUCAGGAGAAGACAACCCCAUGAGUGAAGCAGAAGGGACAGAUAGUGAUUGACUUAAAGAGAUCAUCGUUGAUCAGGAUGAGCUAUCCAUGAUAAGCUGCGAUGAUCCCUACACCUACACUAGCUGAGAGGAUUCAAAAUAGGAUUCUAAUGACAAAAGAAGAAGCAGAACAGUUUUUGAAGUCUUCAAGUUAUUUCAGUAUUUCAAAUGAGAUUUCCAAAUGAUCCCCAAAUUCUUUAAGAUACAAUGGCACUAGAGGUCCACUUUUAAAUAAAACGAGAUGCCUUGAAAUAUGAAGUCCAACUUCAAAUUACAUUCAUAAGCUUGUAGUAAUGAAUCAAGAUAUAAAAAUCCAGAAUUUGAAAAUAUUUUUAACUUCUUACACUCAAGACAACUUAAUAGAAUUGAAGAUUAACAAGACAACCUUAAAAUAUCAUGACAUACGCUUGGCAAUGAAAUCCAAGUCCCUUAAGAACCUCAAAAGGCUGGACCUGAGCGAUAGCAAAAUUGAGAUGAACUCUUUGCUUGCUAUUAUUGAUUCUCCCAACUUAUCAAACCUUGAGUCUCUAAUAUUAAACAGAGCAUUUAAGGACAAAAAAUUGGACUAUAUUAAUUACUAUCGUUCUUAUCUAACUCAUCUCAGAAUUCUUUCCCUUGAAGGCAACGAUUUGCAUAAAAUGUUAGUAAAUUUUGCUCUUUUAGGACUAUUCUCGCACAGCUAUGCUGAAUGUAAAAGAGCAAGUCAGAGUAGAAAACCAUCACAUUUCUGCUCCAUCGAGACCCUCAACCUAGCAAGUUGAAACCUUGAUAUUGAUGACAUCAAGACACUUGAUAAUAUACACGAGUGAGAGCAAUGAGCCCCUUUCUCCAAGCUGCGGUUACUGAACUUACCGUUCAACAAAAUAACUCGAGAGGAAUUUGAUGAAUUCAAAGGCAAAACUGUUCCAGAGCCAGAAUUCUUACUUUUAUCAUAA